AUGUUGAGAAAUACCCCUGGUUAUUUGUCGGCUAGGUUGCUUGAGUCUUCCCCCUAUUUCCCUGAACCGCUCGAAGAUAUACUCAAAGAUGUCAAGGAUUGCAUAAUUCCAGGCAUCACUCAUUGGCAAAGUCCAAACUUCUUCGCCUACUUCCAAGCAAAUGCUAGCACUGCUGGCUUUUUAGGGGAAAUUCUUUGCUCGGGUUUUAAUGUCGUUGGUUUCUACUGGAUUUCAUCCCCUGCGGUGACUGAGCUUGAAUCCAUUGUGUUGGACUGGAUGCGCAAGUUACUUCAGCUACCAUCAUCAUUUUUGUUUACCGGAACAUGCUGCCCUCAAAGCCAGCAGUGCUAG